CAGUUAGGGUUUAUUGCCCCCUUCACUUCUUAGUUCGAAGUUCGAACAAGAAAACACCCAGACGUGUUCUUCAGCAGGAGCAACAAUGGCGGGUGGUUCUCGAGCUCAAGUCAAUAAGUCGCAUAAGACACGUUUUGCUUCGAAAUCCUCUCGCAAUGUUCACAAAACAUCCGUCAAAGAUAAAAGCAAGAUCAACAAACCUGAUCGCAAUGCCAUGAAGGGGGCUCGGGCUGCUCGAUUACAACGUAACAAAAUGAUGAGAGAGCAGAAGAGAGCUGCCCUUUUGAAAGAGAAAAGGACUACAAGUGCAACAACUAGUGCUCCUCGUGUUAUUGUUUUAUUUGGUCUAUCUGCUUCUACAAAUGUAAGCUCACUAGCGGGUGAUAUUUCUGCAUUAUUGUCAAAUGAGAAUAAUGCAAUUCAAUUUCCAGCAGUUGCAUCAUCCGAGUACAGGCUAAGAGCAACGGUUGUAGAAGCACCUCAUGGUGAUCUUAUGGCAUGCAUGGAAAUGGCCAAGGUUGCAGAUUUGAUUGUUUUUGUGGCUUCUGGCAACUGUUCAAGUGAAAAAGAUAGUUCCAAUUAUUACAUGGAUGAAUUUGGCUCACAGUGUCUUUCUGUGUUUAGAGUUCUUGGUUUACCAAGUUCUGCUGUUUUCAUUCGAAAUUUACCUUCUGAUUUAAAAAAAAGAAAUGAUAUUAAGAAGACAUGCAUUUCUAGCCUUUCUUCUGAAUUCCCUGAAGAUUGCAAGUUUUACCCAGCAGACACAAAAGAUGACUUACACAAGUUCAUGAUGCUUUUUAAGGAGCAAAGGCUUGUGAUACCUCAUUGGCGUACCCAACGACCUUACAUCAUGGCUCAAAAGGUUGACAUGGUGGCCGAUGAGUUUGGAAAAAGUACACUUCUCGUUACUGGUUAUGUUCGUGCUCGUAAUCUCUCAGUGAAUCAGCUGGUUCAUGUAUCGGGUGCUGGUGAUUUUCAGUUGGGCAAGAUUGAAGUUCUCAAGGAUCCAUGUUCAUUGAAUUUGAAAAAAGAAGGUGAUUUUAUGGAUGCGGAUGAGAUAAAUGACUCACAGGUCAUCAAAACUUUACUCCCUGAUCCUAUGAAGCAAGAGCCUUUACUUGUUGAAAAUAUACCUGAUCCUCUGGAAGGCGAACAGACAUGGCCAACAGAGGCAGAGAUGGCUGAUGCUGAUAGAGUACAGAAGGAAAAGAAGCAGAAAAAGAGGUCUCUUCCACGGGGUACUUCUGAAUACCAGGCAGCAUGGAUUGUGGAUGAUUCUGAUGUAUCUGGUACAGAUAGUGAUGAUGAUUCAGAGAAUGGUAAUGGCAUGGUAGUUGAUGAAGGAGGAGAGUAUGACAUCCCUGGUCAAGGUGAUAGUAGGAAGUUUGACCUUGGUGAUGACCAAGCUUCACUCAAGCUUAGGGAUUCUGAUGAUGAAACUGAAGCUGAUUCCAUGAUGAUGGAUAAUGACAACUUGACAAAGGAGCAGAUAGAAGAAGAUAUUCGGAAAAUAAAAGAAGCACAUGCUGAAGAUGAAGAGUUCCCAGAUGAAGUUGAUGCUCCUGUAGAUAUUCCUGCAAGGAAACGAUUUGCUAAAUACAGAGGCCUAAAGUCAUUUAGGACUUCCACAUGGGACCCUAAAGAAUCUUUACCUCAAGAAUAUGCAAAAAUCUUUGCAUUCGAUAAUUUCAAUAGAACACAGAAGCAUGUUCUUAAAAAAGCUCUGGACAUGGAACAAGGAAGUGUAGAUGAAUGUGUAGUUGCAAAUUCUUAUGUCACACUUCACAUCACACAAGUUCCCAUUCAUAUUGCUUCAAAACUUUGCAUUUUGGGAAAGACUAUGCCAGUUGUUGCAUGUGGGCUCUUGCAACAUGAAUCAAAGAUUUCUGUCCUUCACUUCAGGUUAAAGAAACACGAGACAUACAGUGAGCCCAUAAAAGCCAAAGAAGAACUAAUAUUUCAUGUUGGAUUCAGACAGUUUGUCACAAGGCCGACUUUUGCAACUGACAGUUUUAAUUCAGAGAAACACAAGAUGGAAAGAUUUCUUCAUGCAGGACGCUUUUCUAUUGCUUCAAUCAUUUUGACCGGAUAUCCUCAACGUGUUUCAAAGUCAAAAGCUGCAGUACGAUAUAUGUUCCAUAACCCUGAGGAUGUCAAAUGGUUCAAGCCCGUGGAAGUUUGGACAAAAUUGGGUCGCCGUGGACGCAUUAAGGAGCCCGUUGGUACACAUGGUGCGAUGAAAUGCAUAUUAAACGGUGUGCUACAACAAAAUGACACGGUGUGCAUGAGUCUAUUCAAGCGAACAUACCCCAAAUGGCCCCAACAUUGGUUCCCAAUGUCGGCUUGAGUUAUUUGAUGUGUGAGUGUCAGUCACGUUCAUAAAGGUUCCUCCUCCUCCUCUGUCUUUACUUUACAGUUUACACAGAGAGGGACAAGGGACAAGUGUGAGUGUUCCAACACAACCAUGGGAAUGAAGCUUUGGUUCAGAUUGUUUUCCUGCUAAGUGCUAAUCAUAGCGGGUGACAAAAAAAAAGUUUUGCUUGUUUUGUAUAUAUAUACACUUUGUAUUCUCCUUAUUGUAUGCGGUUUCAAAACUAAGAUGAUAGUGUUUACGGAUUAUGAUUGAUUCUUGUAAGUUGGGUGUUUUUCAGGUUCUAAGUCGAUUGUAAUUGAAUGGUU